UUUUGGUUCUUGUUUUUCUCCUUCUCGCAUCACUGUCCGAGAUUUGAUUUGCUGCUCUUCUUUUCAUUUUUUACAAAAGUACAAUUAUAAUAAUAGCCAAAAUUUGUGCUAUUUGUCAGUUUCCCAUCAAAAUGGCGUCCGCUAAUCGACCGCAAGAAGGAGAACCGGCCUCGGCGCUCGUCAGCUGUAUGAACUAUGAAGCAGACUUUAACCAGUGGAGAUUUCAGUGAUGUGCGAUUCGUCGUCGGUCGUCAUUUCGGCCCAGUGAAAACCUUUGAAGCUCACAAGUAAUCACAACGUUUCUCACCCUGAUCUGAUUCUGUUUGGCCCAUUUUGGCAAUGCGCAGUUCCGUGUUUCGCGCCAUGUUCUACGGAAGCUUGCCCGAGAAUUGCGCCGUUCCCAUUGACAUCCCGGAUUUCAUUCCUGAUGCAUUCGCCAACAUGCUCCACUACAUGUACACGGAUGAAGCGGAGAACAUCAAUCCUGACAAUGUUUUUGACACCUUGAAUUGCGCGGACAAAUACGACGUGGCGCCGUUGGUGCAUGUCUGUUGGAAGAAGAUUGCCAGUCAGUUGGACGCUAACAGUUGCCUGCCCGCUCUGGAACAAGUCUGAGCAGGAAAUUGCAAAACCCAGAUUUCAAUUUCGUUUCACUGUUCUGAUGCUCCAGUUUUUAUUCGUAGUUGUUAAGCUAAUCAAAAUCUUAUUUAUCUUUAUCUGUAGGGUUCGGCUUGGUGAAUAUUUCAAGGCACUUAAAAUUGGAUAGCCUUUGAUUGUUUUUAUUAGGAUACCUUAUAAAAUUUGAUUAACUUACGGUUUUUCUACCGGCUAACUGAUGGGAAAAACAUGACGACCGGCAUAGCUGUGUCCUGUUGCAGGCAACACGUUGGCAUGCGGAUGAUAUUCGGGAAAAAUGCUUGGACAUGCUGGAUAAGAAGACGGUGGAGAUUCUGCGAUCGGAACAGUUCAUUAACAUCCGCCAGGACACACUGCGUGUCAUACUGCAACGCAACACGCUGUCUGCUGAGGAGCACGACAUUUACCUAGCUGUCGAGAGAUGGGCCGUGGAAGCCUGCAAACGGAACAGCAUGGAGCUGUCGGCUGUCAACCGGCGUCAGAUGCUGGGCGAUGCGAUCUUCCUGGUGCACUUUCCCCUGCUGACCGUGGCGCAACUGUCGGAUGGUCCCGCGACGAGUGGUCUGCUGACAGAAGCCGAGCUGUUGAGCAUCUUCCUGCACCAGAACGCCGCUUCGAAACCGACUUUGCUCUUCCCCACGGAACAGCGCCGCGAUGUGCAGCUGCCCAUGGGGUUCCGGCUGGAGGAUAUCGUGUUCGCACAGGGUCCAUGCGGCUCCUGGGACCUGGCCAAAAUUAUUGGAGUACGCCAAUCAAUGCUGGUUGUUCGGUGGGCGGCGGAUGGUCGCGAAGGCAGUGUGGAGACAGGUAAUGUCGUUCUAGCUACCGACAUUCGAAUCAACAACGCUUCAAUAAUGAAAAUACGUGGUUUCUUCUUAUACUCGCGUGGCUUUACACUGAAUGUUUGAUUAUGGGAGAUGGACAGCUAUCUUCAGUUGGUGAUGUUCUUCCAGUGGAACGCCUUUAU